UGUCACAUCAUUUUUGUUUACAAAAAAAAUGAGAGCGAUGGAAAGUUGAUUUUCCGCAUGUAAAGUUCAAUAUAUCGAUUAGCAACGAAGCAAUUAAAAAUUGAUCCAACGGAAAAUCAAUAGAUUUUUCCUACUUAACAUAAUGGACAAUAUUACAAAUGUACGGUGUGGUGCUAUGCCUGAAAAUUCUGGUUUGUUGAAGACAUUUCGUAUGUAUUACGUUCAGAAUAAUGUCAAGAAGGAUUGGGACCUGGUGCAAGUGGAUGACACCAUUUCAGUGAUAAUUUAUAAUAAAACGACAGAGAAGCUCAUUUUCGAAAAACGAUUUGAGCCAGUGGUCCUUUACGAUGAGACAAAAAAGUUUGAAUGCAAAAGUGCGGAAGACGCGGGGGUAAAAUAUCCAGCAGAGCUUGGUUUUACAGUACAACUGUGUACAAGAACUGUGGACAAAGAUUUGCCCUUGAACGAAAUAGCACAAGAGCAAAUCGAACGAAUGUGCGGCUAUAAAAUCUCCGUAGAUAGAAUCGAGCAGGCGAUGACGUAUCGAUCUGAUGUUGGUGCUGCCGGCGCCGAAGAGACAUUGUUUUAUUGUGAAGUAACGAAUGCAGAUAAGAUUGGAAAGGCGACUGGUGUGGACUCGGAUGAUAAAUUUGUGGAAAUUGUUGAGAUGUCGAUACAGGAAGUCGAGCAAAUGGUGGCACGAAUAGCGAACGAUCGCGUACCACCAACUUGUCUGAUGGGUAUGUUCUGGUUCUUGCGUAAUAAGGCUGCGGCAAGGCAUUGAUAAUAUGGCGAGAACAGCACCGCGGCAAUCGAUCAAACGUAAAAUCACACGACACACACAAAAAAUAGAAAUUCUUCACCUUGAGAAAAAUACAGAAAAAUUCCUCGUUUCAUUGCAAUAAAGUUCAGCUCGUUCAAAAUUUA